UGGUUUAUCUAAACCAUCAUUUGGAAGUCAACCAUCACCAUCAUUCGGAAGUUUCCAGCCAAGCAAUAAUAUCAGUUCUUUACCCGCAUCAACAACUUCUGGGGCAGGAUUAGGGUUCGGAGGAAUUAAGGCUACUACCGCAUCUACCUCAGGUCCAAGUUUUGGCUUGGGAAGUGUGGGAAGCGGUGGCAGUGGUUUCUUGGGUGGGUCUGGGACUGCAAAGACAACCACUCUUCCUCCUUCUCCCUUUGGAAAUUUAAAUAGACCAAGCGGUUUAGGCCCUACCACAACAGCUUCCAAUUUACAGACUGGAUUCAACCUUCCAACUUCAACAUCUCCGAGUCAAAAUUCGAAUCUUUUUUCUAGAAUAAGUAGUUUAAAUUCUACACAAGCAUCUACUAUUAAACCAUUUUCAGCAUUCAGCGCUGGCACAACCACCACAAGCGCACCAUCAAUUUUCACAGCUUCAGCUUCGACAACAACACCGGCUACACCUGUAACAAAACCUCCUUCAAUUAUACCACAGUCCACAACUGUUGGACUUUUUCAGCCUACGCCAUCGUCAUCCACAACACCUCAAUUUGGUUUAAGACCAACUUUAAAAACAUCAGUCGGUACAGGAGGAUUUACGACAGGGACAUCCAUCUCAAUUGGUGCAACGACGCAACCGUCUACAGUAACAAAUGAAACAACGUCAGCUUCAUCAGCUUGGUUAAAGAAUAGUAAUAUUGAAACCAUAAUUAAUAGAUGGAAAAAAGAUUUAGAUAUUUUUCUCAAAAAAUUUCAUAGUCAAGCAAGUGAAUUAAGAGAAUGGGACCAAAAAAUCAUUGAGAAUUCUGGAAGGAUAGUUAAACUAGAAGAAGAAUUAAGUAAAGCCGAUUUGAUUCAGUCUGAAAUAGAUUCAGGUCUGGAGAGUAUUGCAACGCGUCAGGAUGAGCUUGAAAAAAUGUUAUCGGAGUAUGAGGUGAAAUUUUCUGAACCAGUGUUGGAUAGUACAAGACCUUUGGAUAAAGAGAGAGAGAAAAAUUAUGAUAUGGCUGAAGAAAUUAAUCAAGAAUUGGGUGAAAUGAGUCAAGUUUUAUCCACCAUUAUUACUGAU